GAGGGCUUCGACCAGGCGCGCAUCCAGGUGAACGUCGACCCGAGCAAGGGCGCGCACUUUUGGGUGGCAGGCGACGUGACGGACCCGAAGAACAGGUCGCACCCUUGGAUCAAGUGCGGUGGGCUCGUGGCGGCUUGGGAGUCAGCGCAGGCGGCCGCCGGGUGGGGGGAGUGA